AUGGCAGCAGCAUUGUUACCAUUUAUGCCCUUCGCAACUCAGUUAGUUGAAGCUAUCAUGGGUAGCUUUUCUCGGAAACCACAAUCUGAAGUCCCAUCCGAAACUGCCAGAUUACGUGAAGAAUUAGCUAAAUAUCGUGAGCAACAUGCUGAACUCAUCCAACGUUUUGAUACUCUCAGUGAGCAGUUAAAACGUGAAAAGAUCAACUCAUUUGAGGAUCUGGAACAACAAGACAAAGUAGCAAAGAAAGUUCUUGUAAACUUAGCACAAGCAACUAAACCAGCUCAAAUGGAAGGCAUCAAUAUUGGCUUUUUUGGCUUGACAUCAACUGGCAAGUCAACUAUGCUUAAUGCUCUUCUUGAUCAAAAAGUUGCUGAUACUGGUGUUGGUGAAACGACAACAAAAAUUACACCAUACAAUGGAACUAAAUAUACACUAUGGGAUGUUCCUGGUCGAAAUGAUGAAGUAUCCUAUUUUAGUAUGGAAUAUAUAUCGUUCUUUAAAGGUCUUUCACGACGUCUCAUUCUCAUUCAAGCAUCUGUGAAAGACAUUUCAAGUAUGAUGAAACUCUUAGAUGAAAUAGGAUUACGUUAUGAUAUUGUUUUCAACAAAUUUGAUAAAGUUGAACCAGACGAACAAGAAUCAAUUAAAAAACAAAUUAACAAAGAAAUAAAAGAUAUUGGUCUUAAAGGAGUAGAACAUAUAUAUUUUGUUAGUGCUAAAAAUCCAAAGAUGUUUGAUGACUGGCUCACUAUGGUUAAUAGUUUAACAAGUUGA